CCUGCUAUAUUUUUCAGGCCAGAUUAAGUUCUUAUCAUGAUAAUAAAACACCUCUGUGUUCUCACUCUGUCUCAUUAAUGAGUAUAAUUUAUUACAACUGUGUUCCCGUCAUCGCUACAGCAGCUCUCUACCUCUGAGGCAGAGAACAUUAUUUUGAAAGGUCAGAGCGGAACUAGUGUUUAGUGGUGGUCCUACUGACUGACUGUACUGGGUAUGAACCUGAACCGUCUCGCUCCUCUACGGACGGUAACUACAGAUGGAGUCUCCAGAGAACCGGUCCGGUGAGUCGGUCGGUGUUGAGCAGGAGGCCCCGCCGGCCCUGGUGGAUCAGGACACCGCGGUGCUGCUGCUGGGAGCCGGAGUGACCGCCGUCACACACCCGCUGCUCUACGUCAAGCUGCUCAUACAGGUGGGACAUGAACCUCUUCCCUCAACUGUGGGCACAACUAUGUUCGGACGAAGAGUCUUAUACCUGCCCGGCUUCUUCUCCUACGCACGGCACAUUGUGAAAGUGGAUGGAAAGAGUGGGCUCUUCCGCGGCCUCUCCCCUCGUAUCGUGUCCAGUGCCAUCUCCACUGUGAUCAGGAGCAAAGUUAAACAGCAGGUGGAGCUUCUGUCCAAGAGAGAGGACCUGCAGACUUCAUUCAACAAAGUGGUCAAAGAGACCUCACAUGAGAUGAUCAUCCAGUGUCUGUCCAGAGUAGCCACUCAUCCUUUUCAUGUUAUGUCAGUGCGGUGUAUGGCCCAGUUCGUUGGCAGAGAGGUUAAGUACGGCGGGAUGUUCAGUUGCAUUGUCAAGAUUUUUAAGGAGGAAGGAGUCGCUGGAUUCUAUGUUGGUCUCAUACCCCACGUGGCAGGAGAGGUCCUCUUCCUGUGGUGUUGUAACCUCCUGGCUCAUCUUAUUAACACCUACGCUGUAGAUGAAAGUUUCAGUCAAGUCUCAGCCAUAAGAAGCUACACUAAGUUUGUGAUGGGCAUUGCAGUGAGUGUUCUAACAUAUCCAUUCAUGCUGGUGGCUGAUCUAAUGGCAGUCAACAACUGUGGCUUGGCUGCAGGUCUUCCUCCUCACUCUCCCAUCUUCAAGUCCUGGCUGCACUGCUAUAAUCACCUGCGCAUCAAAGGUUACCUCUUCAGAGGAUCCAGCUUCUUUUUCCGCCGGGUGCCUGUGCCCUCUCUGCCCUACAUCGAGGACUGAUAUCAUCAUCAUCAUCAUCACCUUCUGGGAUCUUCCUCCGCCUCCUCUUGCUCACAAACAUUUUCCAAAGACACGUCGUCCUCCCCCUCCGCCUGUCAGCCUCUGCUGCCGUCCUCUAGAAGUAGCAGGAGCAGCAGAGACACAGUUCAUGGAUGGAGCGCCAAUGAACUUUUUUCUCUCCAGGAGCUUUAGUUCAGUUCAGCGGGGAUAGAUGAGGAUAGAGGUGGCUCUUGUCACAAUCUGUUCAGAAACUAUGGUGUUGUUCAUGACUGCAGUGACCAAAAUGUUUGGAAUGCGCCACGACUUUGAUUUCAUAGCUUCUUCUUCAUAGCAACAGCCGCCGAGGCUUAUGGGUACAGCAGUAAUUACACACAAACCAAACUGAGAGACAAAAUCCUGAUCUCUAACAUUUCCAGCUGACGGCCAUAACUCAUAUAUUCCUAUAUUGUCUAAUUGUUCUGUUCCUGUGUUGAGGGACAUUGAGUUUAACCCUUUAAAGGACUAUACCAACCAAUUCACUACAUACCACUAAACUUAUUACAGCUAACCGUUUAGCAAAACAUAUUUCUGUGUUCCACACAUAUGGAUGUUUUUUAGUUUAACAAGCCAGACAGCCAUUCAUUUACUUUCAUUUUAGCAUCCAUCACAGGCCACAUCCAGUCUGCACUGGUUUUUGUGAGUUACAGUAUCGCUGGGAGCUAACACAGUGCAGAGUUUUUAAAUCAGUCAGUACUUUAGCUGCAGUACUAUGCAAGGAUAAUGUCCCCUAGACAGAGGUUAAUGGAGUUUUAAGGUUCACUGGGUUGGAUCGCGCAUGUAAAGCAUGUUUAACGAGUCUGACACCCAGUUUUCAUAAUGUUAAAUGAAUGGAAACUAAUGCUAACAGGUGGUCUGGUCAUUUUAUAAAUACAGUUAUGUUUACAGACUCUCUCUCUCUCUCUCUCUCCUUCUCUCCGCCUCCCUACACUCGUAUCUUGAGUGUAAUUCAUUUGCCAAAAAAAGAGACAAAACGCACAAUAAACAAAGUUAAAUAUGAA